AUGUCGUUUUUUAACGCUGCGAUAUGCAUUUUAUUACAAGGAAUAUUUGUGAUUUUCCAAGGCUCGCAGUCUAUGGAUGACCAGAGUUGGGCCGACAAUAACCGUUUCCCCGGUACCAGGGUUAACAACAUGUACGCCAGUCCCCGCGCUCAACAUUACGGAGCCUUCGUCUACGUUUACGGCAGCGCAAUUGGGGAUCACGUGGGUCUACACCCUUACACGAAUAACUUGAACUUUCUCGGAUCGGAUGACGUAGCGGAAGAUUUGUGUGCAGCAGUUCUUAAUGGCAGGGAAAUGUGGUACGCCAUUUUCCCAGGAGACUGUAGCAAAUACGUGCAAUGCUGGGAUAAUAAUGGAAACAUCCAGGGAACCGUGAGGCAAUGCCCGUUUGGGCAAUUCUGGAAACAGGAUGAACAAACGUGUGCAACAUCCUCAAAUAUUCGUUGUGAUAUAGAUCCCUGUUUGAACGUUCCCAGUGGAUUCACGUACGGAAUGAACGGAUCCGGUUGCCGCGCGUUUUGGAUCUGCAUGAACAGUUACAGUGUUGGAUCGUGCUGCGCUCCCGGGACCCGCUAUGUGGAAGGCAUGGGAUGCUUGCAAGGAUUGCCUUGCAACGAUCCUUGUCCUCCAAGAAGAUAGGACUACCCACCGUCAAAUAUGGCCCCAUCUCAAUUAGAUAUAUGUUGACUUAUACCCUUCCUUUUCCGUUUUAUUUAUUUAAUGAUACCUAAAAUAAUUCUUUUCAUAUAUACAUGUAAAAUUUUUAGUAUUGCAGUGCUUUAAAAGAAAACAGCUAUCUGGAAAGAUACG